AUGGCCUCCUCCUCCUCCUCUCUGCCGGGAAGCGGCGGCUCCUUCUCCGCCGAGCCUAGCCGAGGCGAAGGCAGCAGAGAGUCUUUGCUGAUGCUCCUGAGGGGAUGCCAGGCCGGGCCCGGCGUCGCCUCCGCCUUCGGCCCGGUCCUGCCAGCGCCGCGCUUCCUCGAGGCGCAGUCUUCCGCGUACCCCUUCCAGACGCCCAUGGGAGCAGGACUGAGCCCCGGUUCGCCUCGCCUGGCGCCCUUCCCCUUCUCGCGCCUGCCCGCCGCCUUCCUGUCUCCACAGCUGCAGCUGCCGCCGCCGCCACCGCCACCGCCCGGUCCUCUGCCCAGGCCCCAGCCGUUGCCGGUGGUCUUCCCGGCACCAUUGGCUCGGAAAGGCGAGUCACCUCGCCGGCGCGUCUCCGAGGGAACGUCGCCCAAGAAGAGGAGCCCCGACGGAGCUCCCGACGCCGAGCAGCGCGCGCCCAGGUACCACUUCACCGCCCAGGAGCUGCACGCCGUCCUCUACGGGGCCGGGCCAGGAGUGAGGCAGCAGGGCGCCAUGGCGGGAGCUGGGCACCCUCCUCGCAGCCCGGGCGCAGUUGAUGCUCAGCCGCCGCUCCUUGACAGGUCUUCUCUGCAACUCCCCGAAGGGCUGACGGUGCUGCAGACCGUCUACGAGGACAGUCCGCAGCUGGGCGUCUUCUGCACCGAGACCAUCCCCAUCGGGGUCCGCUUCGGCCCUUUCCAGGGCAAAAUUGUCAACAUCAGCGAGAUCAAGAUUUACGACGACAAUUCCCUGAUGUGGGAGAUUUUUGAGAACGGUCGCUUGAGCCACUUCAUCGACGGCAGGGGCUCCUCUGGCAACUGGAUGUCCUUGGUGAACUGCGCCCGCUUCCCCGAGGAGCAGAACUUGACGGCCCUGCAGCGUCAGGGGCAGAUAUUCUAUGAGAGCUGCAAAGAGGUCACACCGGGCCAGGAGCUGUUGGUCUGGUACGGGGAUUGCUACUUGCAGUUCUUGGGUAUCCCUAUCAGCCUGAAGGGAACGACAGAAGGCAAGCCUGCCCAGGCGCACAGUGAAGAGUCUCUGGAGGGCUAUACGUGCGAACGCUGCGGCAAGGUGUUCGCCUACAAAUACUACCGCGACAAGCACCUGAAAUACACCCGGUGCGUGGACCAAGGGGACAGGAAAUUCCCGUGCCACCUUUGCAAGCGAUCUUUUGAGAAAAGGGACCGGCUGAGGAUCCACGUCCUGCACGUGCACGAGAAGCACAGGCCUCACAAAUGUUCUGUAUGUCCCAAAAGUUUCUCUCAGUCUUCCAGCCUAAACAAGCAUAUGAGAGUACACUCUGGAGAAAGGCCCUAUAAAUGUGUGUAUUGCAACAAGGCAUUCACCGCCUCCAGCAUCCUGCGCACCCACAUCCGCCAGCAUUCAGGAGAGAAGCCUUUUAAAUGCAGACAUUGUGGCAAAGCAUUUGCUUCCCAUGCUGCCCAUGACAGCCAUGUGCGGCGCACACAUGGUGCUAAAGACAACUGCCACAUGUGUACUUUGUGUGGCAAGACCUUUCCAGAGGUAGAAGAAUUCCGCUUCCAUAUGAAGUUUCACUCGGGUUUUUAG